AUGGACAGUCACAAUGUGAGGAACAUCCAGGCCUUCUCAGUCCUACAGAAUGCUUUUCUUAAAGCAAAAACCAGCUACCUUGCACAAAUUAUUCUUGAUGCCAUUUUGAAUAUAUACAUUGCGGAUAACGCCAACUAUUUCAUCCUGGAAUCUCAGCACACUUUGUCUCAAUUUGCGGAGAAAAUUUCAAAGCUUCCAGAAGUACAAACAAAAUACUUUGAGAUGCUUGAAUUUGUCGUCUUUAGCUUGAAUUACAUACCUUGCAAAGAACUGAUCAGCGUCAGCAUCCUCUUAAAAUCCAGCACCUCCUAUUCCUGUAGCAUUAUUGCUACAAGGACCCUGCUUAAGUUCACGCGGCAUGACUACAUUUUUAAGGACGUUUUCAGGGAGGUGGGACUUCUGGAAGUGAUGGUGAAUCUCCUGCACAAGUACGCUGCCCUUUUGAAAGAUCCUACACAAGCCCUGAAUGAUCAAGGACUCCUGAAACUUUGCAGACUGCAACUGCCCAUUUCAGUUGAUGGUGUCUUUGAAUUUCGUUGUUGGUAUUAUUGCAACUAUUCCUUUUCACUUGUUCACAUUGUAGGCAUUUUCAGGGAGUUUGGUGGAGCAAGGUGUGUACAUAACAUCGUAAAAUACCCACAAUGUAGGCAGCAAGCACUGAUGAUAAUCCAGCAGCUGGUGUUGUCUCCAAGUGGUGAUGAUGACAUGGGGACUCUCUUAGGCUUGAUGCACUCCGCUCCCCCCACAGAAUUGCAGCUGAAGACUGAUAUAUUAAGAGCUUUGCUUUCGGUAUUGAAGGAGAGCCAUCGGACGAGAACGGUUUUCCGGAAAGUUGGUGGAUUUGUAUAUAUCACCUCGUUGUUGGUUGCCAUGGAACGAUCCUUAUGCUCGCCGCUCAAAAACGGCUGGGAGAAAGUGAACCAGAACCAAGUCUUCGAGCUACUACACACGGUGCUGUGUACCUUGACUGCGGCCAUGCGUUACGAGCCAGCCAACUCGCACUUCUUCAGAACGGAGAUCCAGUACGAAAAGCUGGCCGAUGCCGUAAGGUUGCUUGGCUGUUUCUCGGACUCCAGGAAACUAAGCCCCGUGAAUGUCUUCCCCUCCAAUACCCAGCCUUUUCAAAAACUGUUGGAAGAUGACCUCGUCUCCAUGGAUACUGUCUCGCCCACUUUAAAGCACUGCAGCAAGCUCUUUAUUUACCUCUACAAAGUAACCACAGAUUCUUUUGACAGUCGUGCUGAGCAGAUUCCUCCUUGCCUGACAAAUGAAUCUUCUCUCCCCUCUCCUUGGGGCACACCAGCUUUGUCCAGGAAAAGACAUGCAUAUCAUUCAGUGUCAGCAGCAUCUUCAGUGUUUCCUUCCAAAAAUGCCACUGAUGCAAAGUUACACAAAGGAACGAUACUAUUGCAAAAUCUGGAUGCCGUUAUUAUCCAUCCGGGAGCUAUGCUGGCUAUGCUGGAUCUUGUGGUCUCUGUUGGGUCAACCACACAGCCAGAACAUGCCCUGGAUCUCCAGCUUGCAGUGGCCAACAUCUUGCAAUCUCUUGUACACACUGAAAGGAAUCAACAAGUUAUGUGUGAAGGCGGGCUCCAUGCUCGGCUUCUGCAGAAAUGCAGCGCUGCUCUUACGGAUGAGGACCACUCUUUGCAUCCCCCUCUCCAAAGGAUGUUUGAAAGGUUGGCUUCUCAGGCGUUAGAACCAAUGGUGCUGAGGGAAUUUUUACGUUUGGGAAAUCCUCUAAAUUGUGGCGCCUGGGAUAAAAAACAAUUGAAACGGUAUCGUGUACAUAAACCAAGCUCACUCAGUUAUGAGCCGGAGAUGAGAAAUAGCAUGGUUACAUCAAUGGAAGGUCUUGGUACUGACUGUGUGUUCAGCUUACACGAAGACAGCCACUACAGGAUUAGCAAGAGCCUUUUGAAGCCAGCUGAAGGAAGCACCGUGCCUCUUACCAGAGUAAAGUGUUUGGUUUCUAUGACAACGCCACAUGAUAUUAGGCUUCACGGAUCAUCCGUUACGCCUGCCUUUAUUGAAUUUGACACUUCCCUUGAAGGGUUCGGUUGCCUGUUCCUACCUAGUUUGGCACCUCACAAUGCACCAACCAAUAAUGUUGUUACUACAGGACUGAUUGACGGCACUGUAGUCAGUGGAAUUGGAACUGGAGAGCGGCUUUUCCCACCUCCAUCUGGAUUAAGCUUUUCAAGUUGGUUUUGUGUGGAACAUUUUAGCACAGCCCCAAAUUAUCAUCCAAUUAGGUUACUUACAGUUGUGAGGCGAGCAAACAGCUCUGAACAGCACUAUAUAUGCCUCGCUAUCGUCCUUUCAGUAAAAGACAGAUCCCUUAUUGUUUCAACUAAAGAAGAACUGCUUCAAAACUAUGCUGAUGACUUCAAUGAGGAGUCCUCCUGCUAUGAGCUUCUGCCCUGCUGUGCUCGUUUUCGUUGUGGUGACCACAUCGUGGAAGGCCAGUGGCAUCACAUGGUUCUGGUAAUGAGCAAAGGCAUGCUGAAAAAUAGUACUGCUGCACUUUACAUUGAUGGACAGCUGAUUAAUACAGUAAAGUUUCACUAUAUUCACAGUAGCCCUGGCGGUUCAAGUUGUGCCAACCCACCAAUAGUUAGUACAGUUUAUGCCUAUAUAGGCACACCACCUGCCCAGCGACAGCUCUCAUCACUCGUGUGGCGGUUGGGACCAACCCAUUUCCUAGAAGAAGUCUUGCCUCCAUCAAGCAUUAGCACAAUUUACGAACUUGGCCCAAACUAUGUUGGAAGUUUCCAAGCUGUCUAUAUGCCUUGUAAAGAUUCCAAAGCAGAAGGAAUCAGUCCAUCUCCAGUCUCAUUGGUCCCAGAGGAGAAAGUUUCUUUUGGCCUCUAUGCGCUCUCUGUUUCUUCACUGACAGUGGCAAGGAUUAGAAAAGUUUAUAACAAAUUGGACAGUAAGGCCAUAGCCAAGCAGCUAGCUAUUUCAUCUCACGAAAAUGCGACUCCAGUAAAACUGCUCCACAAUUCAGGAGGACAUUUAAAUGGCCCUGCGCGUACCAUUGGCGCAGCUUUGAUAGGAUAUUUGGGGGUAAGAACAUUUGUCCCUAAGCCUGUUGCAACUACCCUGCAGUACAUUGGUGGAGCGGCUGCUAUUUUGGGCCUAGUAGCCAUGGCGUCGGACGUCGAAGGACUUUACGCUGCUGUGAAGGCCCUCGUGUGUGUGGUCAAGAGCAACCCUCUCGCUAGCAAAGAAAUGGAAAGAAUCAGAGGUUACCAGUUGUUGGCCAUGCUGUUAAAGAAGAAGCGUUGUCUCUUGAACAGCCACAUUCUACACCUGACCUUUUCUUUAGUGGGGACCGUGGACAGCGGACACGAAACAUCCAUCAUUCCCAAUUCAACUGCUUUUCAGGAUCUGCUUUGUGAUUUUGAGGUUUGGCUUCACGCCCCCUACGAACUUCAUCUUUCAUUAUUUGAACAUUUCAUCGAACUUCUUACUGAGUCCAGCGAAGCAUCGAAAAAUGCAAAACUGAUGAGGGAAUUCCAGCUAAUCCCAAAACUCUUGCUCACUCUUCGAGAUGUGUCUUUAUCACAGCCAACCAUUGCCGCUAUUAGCAAUGUUCUGAGCUAUUUACUUCAGGGGUUCCCUAGCAGCAAUGACCUACUCAGGUUUGGACAGUUCAUCGCUUCUACUUUGCCUACAUUUGCAGUCUGUGAGAAAUUUGUAGUCAUGGAGAUGAACAAUGAAGAGAAGCUUGACACUGGAACCGAGGAAGAUUUUGGUGGUCUUGUUUCUGCAAAUCUUAUUCUUCUGCGAAACAGAUUGCUGGAUAUCCUGCUGAAGCUUAUGUACACAUCUAAAGAAAAAACAAGCGUCAAUUUACAGGCUUGCGAAGAGCUGGUCCGGACCCUGGGCUUUGAUUGGGUUGUGCUGUUUAUGGAAGACCAUCUGCAUCCGGCUACAGUGACUGCAGCCAUGAGGAUUCUGGUAGUUUUGCUGAGCAACCCAACUAUCCUCAUCAAAUUCAAGGAAGGUCUGAGUGGCGGAGGCUGGCUGGAACAGACUGAUUCUGUAUUAACCAAUAAGAUUGGAACCGUGCUUGGUAUGAGUCCCCACAAAUCACCAUGUUAUCAAAAUACAUUACAGGUGUCAGGCCUGGAAGCCAUCUUUUGCAUUGGACCUUCAGGCCUGCCACGGCAGCAAAAUGCCUUGAAGUAUGUGACAGAAGAAUGGUCUCAAAUUGAAUAUGAGUUGUUACGGGAGAGGGGUCUUUGGGGGCCUCCCAUCGGUUCUCACCUGGACAAAUGGAUGCUGGAAAUGACCGAAGGGCCAUGCCGGAUGAGGAAGAAGAUGGUACGAAAUGACAUGUUUUAUGUGCAGUAUCCUUACAUGCCAGAUACUGAACACGAGACCAAUUUGCUGAAACAGGUUACUGAUUUAGAUGACGACGCCGGAUCUCCGGCCGAAGAGUUCAAAGCCUUUGCCUCUGAUACAGGGAUGAAUCGGAGCCAAUCGGAAUAUUGCAAUGUUGGGUCUAAGACUUUUUUAACCAACCACCCUGCUAAGAAGUUUGUGUUUGACUUUAUGCGUGUGCUGAUCAUAGAUAACCUCUGCCUUACACCUGCAAGCAAGCAAACUCCUCUAAUAGAUCUCCUCCUGGAGGCCUCUCCGGAAAGAUCGACGAGGGCCCAACAAAAAGAAUUUCAGACUUAUAUAUUGGAUAGUGUUAUGGACCACUUGCUUGCUGCUGAUGUUUUAUUGGGUGAGGAUGCAUCUUUGCCAAUCACCAGUGGAGGAAGCUACCAGGUGCUUGUCAACAAUGUAUUCUAUUUCACGCAGCGCGUGGUAGAUAAACUUUGGCAAGGGAUGUUCAACAAGGAAUCGAAGUUGCUUAUAGAUUUCACACUCCAAUUAAUUGCACAGUCAAAAAGAAGAUCUCAGGGACUAUCCCUGGAUGCCAUUUAUCACUGCCUGAACAGGACCAUCUUGUACCAAUUCUCACGACCGCACAAAACGGUGCCCCAGCAAGUCGCUCUUCUCGACUCUCUAAGGAUGCUUACUGUGAACCGAAGCCUGAUCUUAGGUCCCGCAAAUCACGACCAAGAAUUCAUCAGCUGUCUGGCUCAUUGCUUGAUUAAUCUUUAUGCAGGAAGGAAGCCUUGGCAGUCAGAGGAAGAAGGUUCUUGGCUUCGCGAAUAUCCCGUCACCUUGAUGCAGUUCUUUCGAUACCUGUAUCAUAAUGUUCCAGAUUUAGCUACGAUGUGGAUGAGCCCAGAUUUUCUUUGUGCGCUGGCAGCUACCGUGUUCCCUUUCAACAUCCGGCCAUAUUCAGAAAUGGAGAUUUCUCAGUGGAUGUUUACCCACAUUGCUGUGGUAAAAGACCUGGUAGACAUGCAGUAUAAAGAAUAUCAAGAGGGUGGCCACUUUGACUUGGCCGACCGAAUGUUUCACAGCGUGCGGGAAGCCUGGUACUCUGCAUCCAAGCACAAUAUGGCCGAUGUCAAGGAGCUGAUCCCAGAAUUCUUCUACCUCCCAGAGCUGUUGCUUAACUCUAACAACUUCGAUCUAGGUUGCAAACAGAAUGGCACCAAACUUGGAGAUGUAAUCCUUCCUCCAUGGGCAAAAGGGGAUCCCCGUGAAUUCAUUAGAGUACAUCGGGAGGCCUUGGAGUGUGAUUUUGUGAGCGCACACCUACAUGAAUGGAUUGACUUAAUCUUUGGCUAUAAGCAGCAAGGGCCAGCCGCAGUGGAAGCUGUCAAUGUUUUCCAUCAUCUCUUUUAUGAGGGGCAAGUGGACAUCUACAACAUCAACGACCCACUGAAAGAAACCGCUACAAUUGGAUUCAUUAAUAAUUUUGGGCAGAUACCUAAACAGUUAUUUAAGAAACCUCAUCCACCAAAACGAGUAAGGAGCAGGAUUAACGGAGAAAUGAGUGGGAUUUCUGUUCCCCCUGGCAUCACAAAUGACAAGAUUUUUUCCCACCAUUUAGACAACCUCAAGCCUUCUCUUGCACCAGUGAAAGAACUGAAGGAGCUGGUCGGGCAGAUCGUAUGCACAGACAAAGGAAUUUUGGCCGUAGAAAUGAACAAAGUUCUCCUUCCGCCCACCUGGAAUAAAACUUUUGCUUGGGGUUAUGCGGAUCUCAGCUGUAGGUUAGGAGCCUAUGAAUCAGAUAAGGCAGUGAUUGUUUAUGAAUGCUUAUCGGAAUGGGGACAAGUUCUCUGUGCCAUCUGUCCAAAUCCUAAACUGGUCAUUACUGGAGGCACCAGCACUGUUGUCUGCGUAUGGGAGAUGGGCACCUCCAAGGAAAAAGCCAAAAUGCUGACCCUCAAGCAGGCGCUGCUUGGCCAUACGGAGACGGUCACAUGUUUGACGGCUUCCCUGGCCUAUCACAUCAUUGUGAGUGGGUCAUGUGACCGCACCUGCAUCAUUUGGGAUUUGAACCAACUUUCCUUUGUAACGCAGCUUCGCGGCCACAGGGCUCCGGUUUCCGCCCUCUGCAUCAACGAACUGACGCACAGGUUGGCCGGAGCUGGAGCAAAUAACGGGAGCUCACCCCAUUAUGCACGCUUGAGUUCGAACCUUCCAGGCGACAAGCUCAGCUUUUUAAUCACGGAGCCAUCACGCCGCCCUAGUGUUGUCAUUAAAGCCUUUAUUUUUGCCUUCCAAGCAGAAGGGCAAGAAGGUCCCGAGGAAGAGAGCAGUGAUUCUGACGCAGAAGACCAAGCCCCUGCCCACGAUGCCAAAUUGCCCGAGAGCCAGCCCCAGCAGGCGCCCGCUGGUCACAGACCUCGGUCCUCCUCAGCUCGAGCAACAGCUGUAUGGUCAGUAGAAACCAGUUCCGAAGACACAAGACGUUGGUCUGACCACCUGAGCUUGGACGAGAAAGACGGCUUCAUUUUUGUGAACUAUUCCGAUGGGCAAGCCAAGGGAUACUCGCAUGCGCCCACAAACCAUUCAAACGCCAACCAAGGGGAAUUGCGGCAUUACAGCAAGCUCAAACCAGGCUACAGAUGGGAGAGGCAGCUAGUGUUCAGGAGCAAAUUAACUAUGCACACCGCCUUUGACCGCAAGGACAAUGCACACCCUGCAGAAAUCACAGCGCUGGCCAUUUCCAAGGAUCACAGCAGGAUUCUCGUUGGGGACAGCCGAGGCCGCGUGUUCAGCUGGUCUGUGAGUGACCAACCGGGCCGCUCUGCAGCUGACCACUGGGUGAAAGACGAGGGAGGAGACAGCUGCUCCAGCUGCUCGGUCCGCUUCUCUCUUACCGAAAGACGUCACCAUUGUAGGAAUUGUGGACAACUCUUCUGUCAGAAGUGCAGCCGUUUUCAGUCCGAAAUCAAGCGGUUGAAAAUCUCUUCCCCGGUCCGGGUUUGCCAGAACUGUUAUUACAAUUUGCAGCACGAGCGAGGGCCGGAGGAGGGAUCCUGGAAUUAACACCGUCAAGAGGAACAGCGCAAAGCCAGACGGCAAUAUUGCGGGGCCAGCAAGAACUCACCCGAGCGGAUUAAUUCCCGGCCUGAGCAGCACAUUCGGAGCGGUUGCAGCGGUUACCAAUUCCCCGUGUCACCUCCCUACGCAAGGACCGCGAGCAAGAGGGAUCAUUCAUUAUUUUGUGGGGCACCUUUGCAGAGAGGCGCCAGAAAACAUCAGCUGGGAUCUGGCGGGAAGGGCGUCAUAAUUGCCCCGACUGCGUCAAGGUGCCCCGCGAGCCUCUUCCGUCUUCUCCGCCAAGAAAAGACCUCCUUCACCAUCUCUCUCCCCAGCUUGAUUUUGUAGUUAGUCCCAUUCGAUUUGGGUUGCCAGAAGCAGGAGGCUUUUUAGAAAAAAAAAAUAGUUGUACAUUUGCCUUCUUCGCAAAGCAAAACUGUGGAUAUUGUAAAUAGAGAAAAUGGCCUUUUUAUCAAAAAAAACAAACAAACUGGACUGCCUGUUACAUGGGAUUUCAGACCACUAACUAUACUUUGCAUCUCUUCUUUGGCUCAUCUAUUUAAACAUGAUUUUGUUUUUGUUUUUUGUUUUUUAAUUGAAAAGAAGAAAGCAUCAAGGGGCAUUAUGUUUCCCCCCUCUUCCCCUUUACUAUUCCAACUGCAUGAUUCUUUUAGUUACUCACAUGAUCUUAAGUUAAUCCAAGCUUUUUUGAAGAUGGGGGGGAAGGGGGGAGGCCAUCCUUUUGUUUUGUGGCAUAGGACUUCAAACAUUUUAUUCUAAACUGUAAGAUAACCAAAAAGCCCCCCCCCCCCCCCCCCCGGCGUUCUGUUGCGUUUUUAAUACAUCUAUUUAGAAUCUCUCUUCGUAUUUAAAUAAGGUCUGUUUUUAUACACCUUGCUGCUUGCUCAUUCUUUACCAUUGUAAGUAAUCCGCUAAUCCAGAUAGGUCUAAGGCAAGUCUUACUUAAAAAUACUAGUAAACGGCUUGCAUGAAAAUCAGAUUUAAUACUUUUCGUUUUCGGGAGGUUUCCCCCCCCCCCCCAAAGAAAACCAAUGGACCAUUUUUUUUUCCUUUUAGGUGGUUUUGUUCUUGGGGUUUUGUUUUAUGUUUUUGCAAAAUGGACUUGGAAACGUCCCGACAACUUGGAAAUGCUUAGAGGGGUCCCAGUGAAUUUCAAAAUUAAAUUCAGACUUGCUCCUUUACUUAGGGUUUGAACCUGAUGUUGCACCCCAGUUUCAUCAUUCAUUUGUUCACUUGGAGGACAUAAAUUCAGCUAUUUUAUAGAUCAGCAUUUAUAGUACUAUGAAAAAUAUACAGAUCAGAUCCAAUCAAACAUCUCAGUGAAAUGAGGCUUUGAAGUGUACUUUUUUGUUUUAUCCCCUCCCCCCCCCACGUGUACUGGAUCAAUCCUUCCUUCCUUCCUUCCUUCCUUCCUUCCUUCCUUCCUUCCUUCCUUCCUUCCUUCCUUCCUUCCUUCCUUCUUUCCUUGGUGAUGAGAUUAUUGCUACUGCCUUUUAACUAUGGUAAGACGACAGUUUUUUUAAAAAAAAACAAGUAACUCAGAAACAACAUGGCACAUCACACAAUGUAGCACAACAUAAACCUUGUGAUUUGUUAACACUUCGGUGGGAGGAGGAAAAUGAAUUUAACAUAAUUUUGAAUAGUUCGUCCAGAGCAAUUUUCUCCCUGGUUAGAAAUCAAUGGAGUGAUUAGGUUAAGUAUGUAUGCUGAGGAUCUUUUUAAUUGUCGCGAAGGAUUGCAAGACUUCAUUGGGGUUAUAAUAAAUGGAUUUCACACACACACACACACCCCAAAAAAAAACCCUUUCACACAUGAGCACACACGGGUUUAUGAAAAUUGUUUUUCCCCACUGGAUGUUUUUGUUACAACCAGCAUUGAGCUAAUGGCUAUUCUUCUGCCUUGUUCGGUGCUGCCAAGUUUGAUAUCUGCCAAGUUUCUCAAUAGUUUUUUUUUUUUAAGAUAGAAUCUCCAACUAUUGACAUUAUGCUAGAAUAAGACUCUGUAAUCAUAGGCACAGUGCUGCUUAUGUGGUCCUUAAACUCAGCCGAACAGAAAAUUUUAAAAGUACAAAUAUAAAAAAGGCAAAGCAUGUUGAAAUUCUCUCAAUCUCCUUCAUUCCACUGAAAAUUCUCCCCCUUCCCCAAAUAACUAAAUUUAACUCGGAAGUUCUUAAUCUGAAGGUUAUCUUUUUUUCAGCUUGAGAAUGAUUUUUUUUUUUCCAAACUCUCGAUUAAUUCCUCCAAAUGAAAUUCUAAGCCCUGGUCGACACUAACAUUCGUAGACACUAAUGCUGGCUCAUUAGAAGAUACGUAUCGUUUUUCUGGUUGUUUUUUUUGUUUUUAUUCUCCUAAUUUUGAGUACGUAAGACCUAUUGUACCGGUGUUAUUCUACACUUUUUACAUUUGGUGUUCUCAGAGGGAAGGUGACUUCUGCGUGGCGUUGUGGUUAAAUGUGUAUAACUUGUAUUUAAAUUUCGGUGUGCUGAACAAAUUUGCUACUUGACUGGGGAGGAAAGCUUGCAGAUUUCUACCCUUAUUUAUCUACUCCAAGGGGUAACUGUGAAGGUGCAUCCUGUCGAUGAGAGGGGAAAACGUGGGAUUAUUCUGCGCCAAGAAAUGGUAAGGCACCCUUCGUUCCUACCUUAAAGCCCUUUCCAAGUCCCACUGGGAUACAUGGAUACUGAGCAAUACAAUUCUUUGGUGUAGUGAAGUCUUCACAGCUCCCAUCAGCUGCUACUAUAAUUCGGAAUGCUUUUUUUUCCUUUCUUUCUUUCCAGUCCCAUAAAAUGUUUUAUCAUAGCCCAAAGUUUUUCAACUCGACAUCUUACAAAGGUGUGGACUUCAGUUCCCAGAAUUGCACAGCUGGGGAAUUCUGAUAGUUGAAAUCCACACCCCUUGGAAGAUGCUGAAGAUUAGAUUGAGAAAACUCUGGGCUCAACACCGAAACCUUUUUCCGCCAGUUGCAAUUUGCUUUGUGUGUUUGUGUGUGUGUGUAAAAAACUGAACAUUGGUUGUGCAGCAGCCAAACUUUUGCACUGUCAAGCAGUUCGCCUCACCCUGCCUUGUUCUUUGACGUGGUUCUUCCUGAAAGGUAUCCAUACACUCUUUGUUUGUAACGUGUGACUGUAAUGUUCAUGCUUAAGAAGAAGGUCAGAAUGGCAGCCCCAUCCCUCAUCUGCCAGUCCAGGCGCAAAAGACUUUUUAGAGACAUUAUUUUGCACUUUCUUAUGUAUAAAAAUUAGUAGGAACUUUUCCUUUUUUUUUUCUUUCUUUUUUUUUUGUUCCAGAUUCCUUUGGUUUUGGUAAAAUGAACUGUGUAUAAUAAUAAUAAUAAAAAAAUAUUUAUGCAGUUAAAACUGUUUUUAGAAAAUAUUUUUAAUUUCAGCAAGUUUGGUUACUUGUUGCAUGACUUAACACAACUGACUUUUUGUGUCAGUACAAUGUAUAUUUUUUGUCCUGUUAUUAAUUUGUAAGCCUUGGGGUAAAUGGCCAUUUAUUUGUACAGCAAACCGGAGUAAAUUGAAGAUAACUGGCUAGGACUGGAGGGGUGGAUUUUUUUGUACUAUAUUGAAGAAUCCAAUAUCUGUUUUUGGUGGUUAUGUAAAAGGCCUGAAGAAUUACUAUCUAGUGUGCAAUCUGUGAUAUCUGAAUGUUUUAUUGUAUAUUUGUCUCCAAUGCAAAAAGGUAGAGUAACACAAUUACAAUACAUGAUUAAAUGCAAUAGUUCAGGUACCUUUUUUUGUUUUUUCAUUUCAAAUAAAUACUAUUUACCACCA